UCAGUGUGACCGCGGCGCGGGGCGCAGCAUGACACAGUGGCCGGCUCGCCUCCGCUCUCGCCUGACAUGCGGCCGCACGUGCUGCUGACGCUGCUGCUGCUCAUGGCCGCCCGGCGACGGGACGCGGUGGGCGCGGCCGCGCAAGACGCCUCGUGCUGCUCUGACGUCAGUGGAUCCUGCAGGACGGCGUGCGAGCAGAUGUCUCUGGCGGACAUGGCGGUGGACGCGGAGGCGCGAGCGGCGCGCGUGGACUCCGUCAGGAUGCUGUGUCCCCAGCAGCUGGGUCAUUUCUGGGAGUGCCUUAACAGGACAUUCGAAGAGGCGCGCCGCGCGGACCAGUGGCCGGGUCGCAGCUGCUGCGCGCUGCCGCAGUCGCCGCUGUGCCAGCAGGCCUGCCUCGCCGCCUCCUCGCGCGCUGACGUCACCGCCGCCUGCCGCUACAGCGACGAGAUCUCCUUCUACUCCUGCCUCGACAUCCAGAAGGCGGGGGACGAGUGCUGCGGCUCGGGGCGGACGCCGGCCUGUCGCGAGGCCUGCCGCGCCGUCUUCCGCGCCAGGGGGGUGGGUGCCCACGCGCCCCCGCAGGAGCUGCUGGACGACGCGUGCGCCGAGCACAGCCCGCGCGUCCUCUCCUGCGUCCGCCAGCAGGCCGCCGCCUCGCCCACCAUAGACCCCAGAAACUACGUUCCUUGCUGCGACAGAGCCUCGACGACUGACUGCCGCGAUGCCUGUCGGCGGAUUCUGCGCACCGAAAACGUGGGCCUCGAGAUCGUGGACAGCCUGAAGGAGGCGGGCUGCGGCGAGCCGCUACCCCACGACCACCUGUGGCAGUGCUUCAUGCAGAGCCGCGACCGCAGCGAGGACACGAAGCAGUCGCGCAUCGACCUGCUGGGCAUGGACUCGGCCAAGCUGCACUGCUGCUACAAGGCUGCCAGCUCCAGCUGCCGCCGCCUCUGCUUCAAGACCUUCUCCAAAGAGUGGAUCCAGCACUGGAACGAGUUCAACACCAACUGCUUGCAGCAGGUCUCCGAGGACAGGCUCAUACACUGUAUCGACGAAGUGGAAGAGCCGUGCGAGCUGGGCUGCGAGGGGCUGAGCUUCUGCUCGAACUUCAACAACCGGCCGACGGAGCUGUUCCGCAGCUGCAGCCAGACGGCGGACGAGGCGGCGAGGUACGACAUGGCGGUGUGGCUGCAGGACGGCGUGCUGGGGCUGCCGGGGUUCUCGCUGCCGCUGCUCAACAUCUCGCAGUGCUCGGCGCACGCCUGGAAGACCGUCGCCUGCAUGCUGCAGAUCAAGCCCUGCCACCAGGAGACGCACAUCAACAGGAUAUGCAAGGAGGACUGCUACGCGCUGCUGCGGCAGUGCCUCGACUGGCGGCGCGCGCCGGGGCAGUCCGCGGCCGAGCUGUGCUCGCGGCUGUCGGCGGACGGCUCGCACUCGCCGUGCAUCUCGCUGCGGCCCUUCCUGCAGCCGAGCGACAGCCCGCACGUGCCGCCGCAGGACGAGCUCACGCUGCCCUGCAAGGGCGACCACCCCUGCAACGCCAGCCAGGUCUGCCAGCUCAACCGCCACUGCUCCUCGGGGCACGCCUGCCGCACCUACCGCUGCACUCCCGGCUGCAAGCUGGGUGAGGUCUCUCAGUACCUCGUGCCGGAGGGUACUUUCGUCCGCAUACCAGUCGUUCACGAACGGAAAGGGUGCUUGAAAAUCUGCCGGUGCUCUUCGCGGGGAUCUCUUGAGAGCUGCAGGCCCCUACCCUGCACAGAAAUGGAGUCGUGUUGGCUCGGGAACAGGAAGAUUGAACACAACACUCAAUUCCAGAUUGAGUGUAACACGUGCAGUUGUUUCGCUGGAGAAAUAACGUGCAGCAAGAAGCAGUGCGAGAUUUCGGCCCUGGGAGACCCUGACCCCGCCUACACGAGUCUUCCCUGUAACUGCCCGCCUCACUAUGUACCUGUUUGUGCCCGCAACGGGAACACGUAUCCGAGUGCCUGUCUUGCAAAGUGUGCUGGUCUCACUGACGCAGAGUUUGAAUUCGGUCCGUGCUCUGCUAAGGAUCCGUGUGCUAGCCACACGUGUUCUAGGGGGCAGCAGUGUAUUCCAGACAGGAAGGUGUGUCUGUCCAUGAUGCACAAGUCAUGCAAGCAGUACAAGUGUGUUGAAACAACAGAACAAUGUACGAAUUUGCCUUACGACCCUGUGUGUGACACAGAGGGCCAGGAGCACCACAACAUGUGCGCCCUAGUACGUUCCUGGAGAAGAUUUGCGUACAGUGGUCCUUGCCGAACGAACUGUGAUAACAACGGCACGGUGUGCGGCGCCGACGGCGUGACGUACCGGUCGGAAUGCGCGGCGCAGGCGGCCCAGGUGCCGGUGGACUACGCGGGCGCCUGCACCGCCGUCGGCCAGAUCGGGUCUCGGCCCGCGCCGCAGUGCGACGCCGUGGGGGUGCGCUGCCCGCCGCUGGCCGCAGCCGCCUGCCUCGCCGUCACUCCUCCGGGCGCCUGCUGCCCGCGCUGCGCCGGCGCCGUCCGCUUCCUCUACAGCCAGAAGCAGGUGGAGCGCGCGCUGCACGUGAGCAAGGACGCGGCGCUGCCCGCGCUGACUGUGUCUGCCGUGCUGUCGGCUCUGGAGCGCCAGGUGCAGGUGUCGGAGUGCGCGGUGCGCGGCUACCUCAGCGUCGAGGCGGACCUGGUCGCCGUGGUGGAGGCGCGCCGCCGCCCGCCGCCGUCGCAGCUGCAGCUGGAGGCGUGCGCGCGCGAGGCGCUCAAGCUGGCCGCGCUGGUGCGCCGGGCCAGCCCGCGGGUGCUCAGCGAGCUGCCGCUCAGCGUGCUCGUCGCCGCCGCCGUCGCGCACGCGCCCGCCGCCGCCGCCUCCGCCGCCCCCGCGCUCGCCCCCGCCUCCGCCGCCGCGCUCGCCCUCGCCGCGGCCGCCGCCGCCGCCGCGGUGCGGACGUAGUAGCGGCUGCCCGCGCCGUCGCCCCAGUAUGGCUGUGUUUUGGCUGUCACUUCCCUCUGGUGAAGCUGUCUCUUCGAUGUCCUUACACGUCCUCGCUCGUGUGUCGGAGGAAGCAGUUACCAUAAACGGUGAACGCUCCGCCGUUAAGCUUUCGCAGUUCCGGAACCACUGUUGUCCGACUGCCGCGAAAUCUUCGUACCUCCCAGAGAACAAAGUCCACGGUCGGUUUGAAACAAGAGCUGAGCACUUGUUGCUCUAGUGCGCCAUGUUAUCAAACAAUAAUACAGAAUCUGCAGUCAGAAAAAGUGCAGCACGGUAUUCCACUGGACAUUUACGUCCAGUGCCAACAGUUGAAAGCGUUAUUGUCUUCCAGUAGGUUAGAAGCAGAGCAGAAGUGCGACGUCACUCAAUCACUGAGCUGCACGUCGGCUUCAUUUCCCGACGAAGUAUCUUCGUUUUGCAGUCGUCACAAUUUGAAUGCCGUGGCGAAUUAAGUUUGCAGUUGCUCCCUAUAUUAUCACAUCCGCGUAAUAGCUGUUGUAAAGUGUUUGCUCAGUGAUUCUGUGUUGGAAACAUUUGUCGGAGUAUAGUUUUAUACUGUUAAUGCGGCUAGAAAAGAAGGUAUCGUAGUUCAUACAUAAGCUACGUACAAGGAGUAAGAGCCUACUCUGUAAAGGUGCCAACAGUAGUAAAAACUGUGCUCGUCUAUUUACUAUGAAAGUUAACUCAGAUAAAAGUGAAACCUAUUACGAGUAAUAUGUAAUUACUUAUGAGCACAAGUUUGUAGGAGAAUGUAAUCUUCCCCGGUUAUAAUGACAAGUCGUUCGACAUUUUAGAUGUUCCCUUUUUUAUAUCAUCUUGACGUUGUCAGAACGGCUGAUAGUGAAGUCGUAGCGAUCACUCACACUAAGAGUGUAACAGCCUAUGGACUUUUAUUUCCUUUUUUAUAAUGCAGUAAGCCACUACAAGCGGAAAAAAUCUCAAAUCUUCCUAAUACUGAUACCUACAGCAGUCUAAAGCUCUUUCUUCACCACUGACAAUUUUCUCAUUACUAGUCACUCUAACUAUAACUAGUAUUAGCUACAACUCUUUAACUUCUUGCGUGAGGAAUCUAAAAAGAACCUCUGUCAAAAAUUCAGUGUUGUGCGUGGCCAGCUGAAAGAAAAAAUGGUGAAAGAAUUUGUCAGAAGAUCUCAGUUACUUUCCACUGGCACGCAAGACUUCCAUUCUUUUUCAUAAUGCCAUUUCAAAAGUAGCAUUGUAAACUUCGCGACGAACGUCUACUACUCUACAGCUUCUAUUACAAUCGUUGUUGAAGAAGUUGAGCUUAGUUUCCGAUUCACUGCAUUCAGUACGGAAUCCGACUCAACUGAAUCUUCUGUGUUGUGCAAGUCUUCGCAGAUUAUUUCUGUGAGGCAGCAUGGAAAUUGUCACUACAGAACUCCAUGCUAUUUCAAGUCUCACAACAGCCACCGAAACACACAAACGUUGUAUUCUAAACACUUUACAUACAUUGUAACAAUAAUAUGAGUUCCCCCUAAAAGUUUGCUGUUCAAAUUACUAUUUCGUUUUUUAUGUUUGUUAUUUCUUUGACGAGUCGACUAAAAUUUAAUAUUGGUUUCAAGUUACUUACAUAUACAAGUACUUUCAUACAACAUAGACGGUGGAGAAGAAUAUGUUGCUUAAUCUUCUAAGUAGUUUCACGAUACAUCUUCAAAAAUGAGUCAAGUGGAAAUGAUCAGUUGGAGUCAAAGAACAAACAUUAAAACAAUUUAUUUAUAGAUGAACUGUUCUAACAAAGAAACAUUUUGUCCUACAUAUUGAUAUCGUCCAUUAAACAACGAAGAAACAAGUAGAACUAAUAUACUAUGGUCAAAAUGCCUAUGAAGCUGUUCACAGACAGUACUCUGUUUUCAUUUUUAAUUUAUUCUCUUCCAGUGAUAUUCACAUUAAUACCAAAGAUUUAACCGAAGACGAACUUUUUCAGGUACAAAUGUGUUAUUUUUAAUCUGCCAACGCAAGGCGUUGGUAUUUAUACACAAUAUGAAUUGGAGAAUUUUUGUAGAAAGUCAUUUGAAACGAAUAUUUUGUUGAUUGUAUCAGAUAUUGCUAGUCCUGUUUGUGAAUUAAAAUGAUUUUCUAUGUAAAACUUACAUUUAUGUAAAUUCUAAAGCUGUUUAAUUCUCUAUGUUAUUAAUUUUUAUUAAAUAUAGAGCCAUAUGUACCAAUGCUGAAAGAUUUUUUAAGAACCUGCAUAAAAACAAAAGUUAAAUCAACACCAAAUCAGUGGAUCGUAAGUUACAAGUACUUCAGCUGUAUUACCAUAGUAAGCCAUCAGCAGGUGAAUAUACGACCCCAUUGAUUGAGCGCAGGUCCUGACACCAUAAAUGUCUUACCAGUGUCCAUGGUAAUUGGCCUAUGUUUCUUAAACAACGCAGUAGUUUGGAAAGCAGUACUGUUAUUACAUUUGAACCAAAAACUAAGUUUUAAGCUGAAAUUAAUAGUUAAUUUUUGUGUACAUUAUAUCUAAACACAGUAAAAUACCCAGUAAAUUAUUGUCAUUAGAUCUCAUAACAAAGUACCGACUCAAAAGUUACUGAUAUCAUAUAUUUUUGCUCAAUUUUUCAUUGUCCAAAGCCCUUUCUCUAAUAUUACGAUGUAGAUAUUUAAAGUUGUUAUUAAUGUGAAAUAUAGCAAGAUUUAUAUUGUUUCAGUUUUAUGAUACAAAUAAAUUCAUAUACUCUUUGUACGUA